AUGAGCUUGGACGGCUCAGACUCGGGCUCCGUGACCGAUAUGCUGCAGCGGCAGCAAAAUCGCCUCAUAAAUCUGCUCAACAUACGGAAGCCACGUACGCCUGAGCCGCAGAAUCAGCGCGAUGCGCUCAUGCAAGCCAAGAGGAUGUCACCCUCCCCCGCCUCCUUGCAUAGCGAAGAUCGGGUGCGCAAACUCGAAGAGCUGCGCGCCUUCGAGCGCCUGGUCAAUAUGCGGCGGCGCAUGUCAGCUGCGAAUGCCGCCGACAUCGAGACGCCCGAGCAGCGAUCGCGCUACGGCGAAUGGGACGUAUACCAUGUCGAAUCGGAGCCGUGGGCCCAGAUUAGCGACAUUGCCACGGUCAGUAGGGCGGCCUCCUACGACGAGCAAAAGAUCGCCAAGUUCUUCGGUACCGAGUGGCGCUUCCGCGCGCGCAUUCAUGCCAUGCGACACAUGAGCUCGCACCUGGCCUUUGUCGUGCUUCGCGAGCACGGCGUGACGCUGCAGGCCGUGCUCUCCGAGAACGGCACGGGUAUCACGCCCCACAUGAUGCACUGGGUCAUGCGCCUGCCCACCGAGUCGCUCGUGCUCGUGCGCGGCACGCUCGAAAAGCCGCGCGACAUGAUCACCGGUUGCGACAUUGCGCACCUCGAGCUGCACCUGACGCAUGUGCACCUCGUGUCCUCCAUCACGGAUCGCCUUCCUUUCACGCCCUAUGCGGCCGAGCGCGCCGUAUCAAGCCACCUCGAGGAGCACCGGGACAUGGACGAGACGGUCCCCCAGUCCUCUGCCAGCGUUCACUCUGAUUCACAAAAGAGCCUCACACAAUCGAGUCAUAUGCCGGUCAUUACGCAGCGCACGCGUCUUUCGAAUCGACUGAUUGAUCUGCGCACGCCGACAAUGCAGGCUGUCAUCCUCAUCCCCUCGAUCAUUUGCCACGAGUUCCGCCAAUACCUCAGUAAGCACGAGUUUAUCGAGAUUCAUACACCCAAGCUGCAAGGCGGUGCCUCGGAAUCAGGUGCCAGCGUCUUUGACGUGGCAUACUUUGGCCGCUCCGCCUUUUUGGCGCAAAGUCCUCAGCUGUACAAGCAAAUGUGCAUUGCCGCCGAUAUGCGGCGCGUCUUUGAAAUCGGUCCCGUCUUCCGUGCUGAAAACUCAAACACCGCGCGGCACUUGACCGAGUACACGGGUCUUGACCUCGAAAUGGAAAUCAAUCACUACUACGAUGCCAUGUCACUGAUCGACGGUAUGCUCAAGCACAUCUUCACCGUGCUGCGCGAUAAGUACGGCCAUGUCCUGCAGGUCAUUCGCCGACACUUCCCCAGCACGGACCUGCAGUGGCUCGAGCGCACGCUGGUCCUGCCUUUCUGGGAAGGCGUGCGUCUCCUGAAAGAGGACGGCUAUCGCGAGGAAGACGGCAGCGAGCCGAGUCCGUUCGAGGAUUUGCACACGCGCGCUGAAAUUCGACUCGGCGAGAUUGUCAAGCGCAUCUACGGCACCGACUACUACAUUCUCGACAAGUUCCCACGCAAUGCGCGUCCCUUUUACACAUUGCCAGACCCAGUCAACACGCGCUAUACCAACUCGUUUGAUAUUUUCGUGCGUGGCCAGGAAAUUUGCACGGGUGGCCAGCGCAUUCACAGCGCCGACAUGCUCGAAGACAAUAUCCGGCGCCUACAUAUGGACGCAUCGAGUCUCGAAGAGUACCUGCAAGGCUUUCGGCUCGGUGCGCCGCCGCAUGCCGGAUGCGGUAUUGGUCUCGAGCGCCUUGUUAUGCUGUACUUGAAUCUGGACGACAUUCGCCUGGCCUCGCUCUUUUACCGUGAUCCCAAGAGCUUCCCGGCCAAGCUCAAGCAGGAACUGCGCCACCCCGACGCUGGCACGAAUCCGCCGCCAUGGGUGCAGUACGACAGGCCGCACAUGCUGCAGCCGCUCGAGUCGCUCAUUGCCAACUAUGGCGACUCGACCAACACGUCCUGGCUCGACGACCGCGUCCAGGUGUGGCGCGACACAGAAACGGGCGCUGCCGUCGGCUAUGCGCCAGGCAAGCACUAUGUCAUGAUCAUCGGUAACCCGCUGUGUGAUACUUCGCAGUACCAGAGAAUCAUUGAUCGUUUCCUCUCCUUCUGCCAUACCCAGCUACAAGCCAAGCCUGUGUGGCUCAUGGUGUGUAAAGCCGUCGAAACCAUUCUGGGCGACCGCUACGGCUGGUGCACGCUCACAUGCACGGAUGACCAGCGCAUUCCCGACGUGCGAAAGAAUCCCGCGAAGCAGGACCACGAAAUUGAACGCAAGAUGCGCCACGCCAGCAAAGUCGGUGUCACGAUCCAGUCGUUGGCGUAUCACGAGCGUGUACCGAUCGAGCUGCAGCAAGAGUGCGACAAGAGUAUCCAGGCGUGGAUGGCGCAGCGCAGAGGCGUUCAGGUGCAUCUGACGUCGGUGCGUCCGUGGGUCGACCAGGAGCACCGCCAAUACUUCUUUGCACGCGACGCCAACAACGACCUGUGCUGUCUCGUCGUGCUGGCUCAGCUGUCGCCCGAGCAUGGUGUACAGGUCAAGUGGGCCAUCAGCUUCCCCAAUGCACCCAACGGUGCGAUCGAAAUGACCAUCCUGCACGCCCUCGACACGGUCGGCUCGGGCUCCGCCACCUUUGGCACCGCCGCCUCGCCCAAGGUCGAGGCCGUGCACGGCCUCAGUGGCCUCGCCUUCAAGAUUCUCUCGCGUGUCUACAACGGCGUUGCAGAACGCGCACACCUGCAAAACAAGGGCGAUUUCCGCGAAAAGCUCGGUACGAUGCGCGAUCCGACCUACAUCUGCUACCCCAAGGGCGGCAUGUCCAUGUCGGCCGUGCGAGAGCUCAUGCACUUUUUCCGUGAAUAG